AUGGCCAGUAUUGGCAAGAGGAUGGAUGAAAAACAAAUCAUGAAAAAAAUUGCCAACAUGAAGACAAGCCUCAAGAAGAAGACUGACACUAAUCAAACAGGGAAUCGCAAGAUGACCCUAUGCCCAUGGGAGAAGGAGCUCUACACCAUCAUUAAUGGGGAUGAAAACCCGGUGGUAACAAAAAUGCCCUGCUCCAUUUCUGCUGGCGUUUCCACCAACACUGAUUCUCUGUCAUCGUGCUCUAGUCAAGCAUCACCCAGUGCACCUUGUCCAAGGAAUGCGACGAAUCGUCGGCGUGGGCCAGCCUCUGAAACGAACACGCCAUCACCCAUGCCUGUUCCUGUCAAAGGUCCCAAGAGGAAGGUGUUGUCAGGCGAAACAGAGGAAACCAUCAACCUGUCAACAUCGGAGCUGCAAAGGCUGGUUCUCCUCGAGCAGCUCAAGUACACCCGAAUGAAAAUAAGACGUCUCGAGCAGAGCCAGCAGCCCAUUGAACAUGCUGAAUAA